GGCGGCGCGCCGUUCUGGCGGGAAGGUAGCGGUGGGCCAGGCGCUGGGCGAGCGGAGGCUUCUCCAAGUCUCAGCUCUCCAGAUUCUAGGCUGUACAUAAUACUGCUGGCUGCCUUCUCACAUGUACAGAGAACAAACACAUCCACACCAUUCCCGAAGAGCUCAUCUGCCCUCUCUAGUCAGUUAAUUCUAAUGCAGGGCCUUGCUUCUGUCUAGCCCAUGUAGCUAGUGUCUUUCUCCCUGCAUGUAGUACCAUCUUCUCUGUACCUUCCUACAGUUUUGCUACUGUAAGAGCCUUCUGCAUUACAGCUUCUCCCACUUGCAACAGCCUUCUUUUAUCUCUCCAUCGCAUUUCAAAUCUGAAAACGUUUUUUCCUCUUGUCUAUACCUCUUAUUUUAUCUUUCCAUCUGCUAUUAUUUCUCACUAUUACUGUGUUGUUUAACUCAAAGUGGUAGGAGUUCAGUUGAUAUGAAAGGCACUAAUGAAUACUGUGCAGCUUUCAUUUGUAAAGUGAGAUGAUAGCUUGAUGAUGCUAAAGUGCAGUAACUCUUCAAAUCAUGGAAAUUCUUUUUCUACGGUAGGAAAUUAUGGAAGGUUAUGAAUGCUCCUAACAGAAGAAAGAAAACUCUGUUUAACCAUCUAUACAUGCUGCUUCUGGGAAUGAAAUCCCUCAAGCUAUUAACCAGAAAAUCUGGGAGACUAAAAAUGCUGUUGACAGAACAUUUUUGCAAAAGUCAAGUCCCGUGUGUGUGCCUGUGUAUCUCCUCCUACCUUUGCAGCAAGAAGAAAAAAGAGAAUGGUUAUGAGCAAGUUGACCAAGAAAGAUACAUGAACUUGGUCCGUUCUGUCAUAUCUUCCAAAGCCAGCCCUCAGACACCAGAAACAUUGUUUGAAGAAGAUAAUCUGAUAUAUGGACCAGUGAGUAAGUCUCCAGUUAAGGAUGUUGAAGCAAAAAUUCCAAAAAAUUGGGUCCCUCUGGUAAACUCCAAUAAAAGAACUUCGCCUCUAAACAGUGACCGAAAGCACCUGCUGAAAAUCGGUUUACAAAGGCACAAGGUGCCCAGUGUGACGAGUGUUCUUCAGCAGACCAUGCCUUUGGACCAGGCUUUCUACCUGAAGAGGUGGAAGCAGCGGAUGAUUCUGGAACUUGGAAAAGAUGGUUUUGCAGAAUAUACCAAAAACAUCUUCCUUCAAGGAAAACUAUUCCAUGCAGCUUUGGAAUCUGUCUUUUUGUCUGAAGAGGUUCCAUUGAAGGAGCAGGAAAAAGAUAACACUGUCGCUGGCUACUUAGCAAGUGUGCAGCAUGUCCUGAGAGACAUCAGUGGAGUAAAAGCUCUUGAAAGUGCAGUUCAUCAUGAGACUCUUCACUAUUUAGGCCUUGUAGAUUGUGUGGCUGAAUAUCGAGGCCAGUUAUGUGUGAUUGACUGGAAGACUUCAGAGAAAUCAAAGCCGUAUCUCCGGAACACAUUUGACAACCCACUACAGGUUGCAGCAUAUAUCGGAGCCAUAAACCAUGAUGCUAAUUAUGACUUCCAGGUUAAUUGUGGACUCAUUGUGGUUUCUUAUAAAGAUGGCUCCCCUGCACAUCCACAUUUCAUGGACUUGGAUCUGUGCUCUCAGUACUGGAACAAAUGGCUCCUGCGCCUUGAAGAAUAUACAGAGAAGGAAAAAAAACGUGCAAUUGAGACAAGUUAGAGGGGUGUGGUCUGAGCACAGAAGUGAAGCGGGAAGUCCUGAAUUUUAAUCUAGUCUCCGACACUGACCUUCUUUGACCUUGGGCAAAUCACUUAAUAUCUCUACCUCUUUGUCCCAUUUGUAAAUUGGGCCUAAUACUUGCCUACCUUACAGAGGUGCAAAGAGGAUUUAAUGGGCCAACUUAAAUUGGGCUGAUAUUUACAUUUUGCAGCAAGCCUUUAUAAAACCUGAAAUCCAUAGAAAUGUUCCCACAAUUAAAGAAAAAAUCCAGUUAAAAGUUUAUGUAAGCAAACUAUCACACUCUUGCAGUGUUUGAAACCUAACCCUUGCUGAACUGAGAACACGAAAGUGAAAUUGACUCUGAACCAAAGCAAAACUUGCAUUGUCAGAGCUGAGUGAAAUGCAAACAAUAAAGAGCAUAAGUAGUGACAAGUAGACUGGAUUUUAAACAUUUCAGCUCUUGCUAAUCUCUCAUCUGUUUACAACAUUAUGUUGACAGUGUCCCUCUGAAGCCAGAAAAACUGCAAGUGCUAAGAAUUAUAACUAAACCUGCAUUAAGCAAUCACUCAGGAUGUUAAGACAAAUUGGUUGCUUUAGCAGAAGUGGCCCCCAGAAGAGGAGCAGAAAUGUAAUUGGCAUAGCUGAAGACGACCCGUAAGAGCCCCCUAAGACAAGAGGUUGCUCUAACGACUCUCUCUCGUACAGGUUUCUCUGCAUCAGUACAAAGCUGGUUCUCUCAGAUAAAGCAAAGUGAGAAUGAAACGGAGGCUUUGUACCUUAGGCCCCAAUUGGGCAAUAAGUUCCAUACAAAGACUCUUGUGCCAACACAGCUCCGCUGAUUUCACUGGGGUGUUGCAUAGAUUAAGGGGGCCCACCCAUGCAGAACUAAUUGCAGGAUCAAAACCUUGGGAUGUAUAUUGAUGACAGUAUGUUUUUCAGAAACCUUAUUUUGUGAUUUUGAAAUUUAAGAACUGAACCCCGAUGCUAGUUCUUAAAUAAACAAGUAAAAACGGCAACCAUAUCCUUCACGGACUACAAAGGCUUUCUGUUGACUAUGUUAAGUUGACUAAAUAACAAGUUUAUCGAUUAAUAAUUAGUCCUAAAAUACAGGAGUUACAUUUGAGACUCAUUUCAUAAAAACGAGUUUGUAAGAAGAGAUGGUAACAAGAUAGUGUUG